AAAAUGAUAAAAUGUCGAAACUUGUCGUCGAGCUGAAUUAUAUCAACUGCAUCGCAGUGUUCAUCGCCAUACUAUAGGAUCAUCUCUGCGCAACCGGUCUCACGAUGUGUCCCGGCGGCAAUACCGAGGACCAAGCACCUGCCAGCUUGCCAGCUGCCGAGGCCACUGCUCAGUCAUCCCAGCCGGUGUCUGAGACCCGGCCGGAACCUGAGACCGAACACGGGGUUGUCGUUGUGGCUGAGGAGUUUACAGAUGACGAUUCUUCCGUCCACCAGAGUAUCGCUUCCUCGACAACAAGUUUGAGCAGCUCGAUCCUUGAUUAUAGAAACGAGAAUGGAAGAACGUAUCACAAGUAUAAGGACGGCAAAUACUGGAUUCCAAAUGACGAAAGAGAAAACGACCGCCUUGAUGUUCAACACAACUUGUUCAUACGUACCUUCCGAGGUCGGCUGGGAAACGCUCCCCCAAGCGACCCGGAAGCUAAGGUCGGACGGGUCCUAGACAUUGGGACGGGCAGUGGUAUCUGGGCCAUUGACUUUGGCGAAGAACACCCCGAAGCCGAGAUUCUCGGUGUCGAUCUUUCUGCCGCGCAGCCGGAUUUUGUCCCUCCCAACGUCCGCUUCGAAAUCGACGAUGUUGAAGAACCUUGGAUCUUUACGGAGCGCUUCGAUUACAUCCACAGCCGGAUGAUGACGUGGAGUAUCUCUGACUGGAAAAAGCUCUUUAAGCAGUGUUACGACAACUUGAAUCCUGGGGGUUAUCUAGAGGCAAACGAGGGUAACAUCAUCCCCCUGUCGGACGACGGUACCCUCAAAGACGACUCGGCCCUCAUGCAAAGUGUGCGCCUAUGGGAAUCGGCCGCCAAGAUCUUUGGCCGUCCGUUUGAGGACACGAGACGCCUCAAGGACUUUAUGGAAGAGGUCGGCUUCGAGGACGUUCACAUUCUCAAGUACAAGUGGCCCACGAACACCUGGCCUAAGGACCCUCACUACAAGGACCUUGGCUUGUGGAGUUACGAGCAUGUGUCGCUCGCUUGGGAAGGUUUCCUAAUGGCACCUCUCACGAGAGCACACAACUGGACGAGGGAAAAGGCACUCGUCCACAUCAUGGAGGCUCGGAGGGACUUGUCGGACAAGACUAUCCACGCUUACUUCAACGUUUGGUCCAUUUACGGAAGAAAACCUCUGAAGGCGGAUGACGCAGAAAAUUAAGAAAGAGCGCUACAUUUCUGUUACUAUCAGUCUCUAGAUCCUUCACUGGAGAACAACUCAUUGAUGAGAAAGAGUGGCAUUUCCGUCAUGGGAUCUCCUAGAUAUAGUUAGAUCAGAGCGAGUUGAUUCCUGUCGUUGGUUAGAGCAGUUGGCAGUAGAUAAGUCGGUGCGAACCGUAACUUUUCGACCUCUCGUUAGCAAUGGUGUUCCGCAUCAGAGCCUUUCCUUUCGCUCUGUUCUCUUUAACGCAAAUGGAGCUCAUGUAGAGCCGGCCGACUGAGUAGGCCGCGCUUCGCCAUUGAGCAUAUUGUAAUGCACCACUGCAGCACAUGACCGUCAUAAGUGCGGCCGAAGCCAUCCAUUACUGUCAGAAGGCACCUGGAAAGAUACACGUGGCACUGCUCUUCUAACUCAUAAGAAAGAUUAAUAAUCACCACGAAAGGUCGAG